AUGCAGAGCAAGCUCACCAAGAAGCGACCGAACCCCAGUCCUACCGACGAUGAGCCUACCAAGAAGAAGGCAAAUGGGAGGAUGGGACGUCCGCGUAACGUUGGCGAUGAGCAAUAUGACUAUAUUAUGGGCGGCUAUCCCGACUAUGCAGCGUUGAAAAUCAAGCAGAAGAACGGACAGCGCGUCAACAUCAGCGGGCUGUACAACGACAAGACAAUCGACAUGAUCGCGAAGUACGGCUGGGAGAAUCCCUUCCGCACGUUGAAGCAGGAUGUUCCCGACGCGACUGACGCAGCACGAGCGGCCACGGCGGCGGAAGUUCAGGAAGUGGCCAACAUCCUGGCGGGCGGCGGAGUGGGAAUGAACGAGCAGGCGUUGGCGGUGCAUCGUAGGAAGGAUGAGGUGGUGACGCUUGUCCGAGGUGAGAUCACAAAGCUCUACCAGCGAGCGGCACGCGUCGAGGCGGCCGGUGGAGUGAAGCCGGCCGUGGAUAUUCCGAAGCUAGUCAAAUCUAUAAUGGCAAAGCCAACCCAGCGUCAGCUAUAUGUAGUUUGGGCGAAGAUGAAGGAGCGGCCUGACUUAGAGGCGGAAGUGAGUCGCAGAUAUGCUGCGGAGGCCAAGGAAAAAGGCGGCGACGCGACUUCGAGAGGGGCUGUCUGGAACUCGGUCGCUGCCGAAUGGUUUAACUCGUCGACCAUUGAGGAGAAGGAGCAUACGCGCCAGGAGGCCACGAAGCUCCUUCAGAUCGAGAUGAAGAGGUGGGAGGACAACGCAGCCUCCGCUCCCUCAACACCUGAAGAGGCCCAUGAGUUUAUGCAAGGGUCCGAGGAGUUUUUGCGCGCCAUGAUGCAAUUCUUUGCGAAUCGCGCAUCCGGAUACGCCGUUAUGUUCCUCGUAGGGCCUGAUGAAGUUAGCUUAUCCGAGGCUGUAUGCGAUAUUCCUGGGCAACCGAAAGUAUUGUAUAGUCAAGUUGCGGAGGAAGAGACGACGCUGAGGUUGAUUGGGGGGCGUAUCUUAACCCAAUCUCGGUUGAUCAACGAGCUGAAAUGGGGUCCUCAGAGGGGGUAUAGCGACUCACCUAUGGCCUCCGGUGACGCAACGGGCCCUACCAGCGAAGGUAUCCAGCUCGAUUCCGAGCUUCGUGAAGUGGAACGUCAGACGGAUGAAAGUAGAGGUCAGAACCAUUCCUCAGUCAGUCGGUCAGAAAGCUCUCGGUCCAAGGAACAGUUGGAUACGAGCGCAAGCAUGACUUCGUUCGCUGAACCAGCCGCUCAAGCCGCACGUAUGCGUCCAGAAAGGAUGACAGGUGGUGUCAUGGAUUGCCUACUACCGCAGGAUGGGGAGGCAUCCUACGUCGAAGAGAAGACUGUAGAAGCGGCGGCCAAACUCCAAGCCGCCCAGGCGAGGAUCUUGGCAGCCGAGGCCGAGAUACUGGCGGCGAAAGCGGAGGCGGAGGCGGCAAAAGCGGAAGCGGCAAAAGCGGAAGCGGCAAAAGCGGAAGCGGGGAAGUCCAGUGCCGACGUCGAGCCCGGUCAUGCACCCGCAUCACCCGUGGAACCUGUACAAAUGGCAUUUGAGGAUGGCUUCCCGACAUACAUAGAGCCAAGCGUAUCCUCUCCUACCCCGGUCCCCACAAGCGUCGCUCCUAGCAUGCAUAGGGUGUCAGUCCUGACUUUCGAUCCUCACGCAUCCGUUCGCAACCUCGAUGGCAUUGAGUCGGCGUACCCGACCGAACUAAACAAAGCAUUGUUAGCUAUCGGGCCGAGGAAGGUGUGGUGGGAGAACACUAACAGUUCUAAGUUCUUUCAGGCGGUGCCAAAGCAGAUGAGGCAGGGCGGAGUGGAUGUUGCGAUUGGUUGUGAGCUGAGCCUAGCGUACUUGGCGCUCGAGCAAAGCACAGCGACAGAAAACAAGUUGAUGAUGCACCUGAAUGACAGCAGAAACGCUUACCUUCCAGAGUACAUGGCGAGCUUCAGUGACAGAUCAUGGGCGGCGCGAUGGCAUAAGAGAGCACUUCCUGGCACGGCACGAACGCGCGCGGCUCUAGACAGCGACGUACAUAUUACACUCCCCCGUCAGUGGGCCAUGCUUCAGCCUGCUGUCAGACUUGAUUCGGAACAGCGCAUCUCUCAACCGGCGCUCGCAUCGAUGGCAUGGUCCCCCGACUUUGCGCCUGGAGAAAGUGGAAUUCGGGUUCUAGUGGUGACUUUGCUGAACUGGGGAUCACACGCAGCAGGAAAACAAGACGAGCAAAAGGAGUGGCGUGCCGUCGCGGCUGAUGUUGCAGCAGUGCUACGUAUUCUCGCAGAAAAAACUGGGGAGUCGGCGAUGAGCGAGCCGGAAGGCAGGAAGAAGUACGUGAUCAGGCAACGCAACAGCUAUGACCAUCCUCUGAGCACGUCCCGAUAG